AUGAAUGAUGAGCAUUUGGAAAGAAAUAAGGUGAAGUUAAGAAAAACUGCCUUAAAAAGAAGGCUGAACUUGCUUGAAUUAAGAAGAAACAACAGAUUGAUAGAUUUUCAAGAAAAUGAACUGAACAAGAGAAAAAUAUCUAUUAGAACAGCAAAUGAUGUUUCUAGUUAUGUUUCAUCUAAGUCAACCGAUAAAAGUAAGCAAUUAGAUAAUGGAUUUCAUGAAAAUGGAGAUCAUAAUUAUGCACUUAACAACACUCAUUGCAAUACAAAGUUUGAUGAAAACGAAAUUGAUCUACAUACAUCUGGCAAGUCUGAAAAUUCUAAUAGUUGUAUUUCAAAUAACAACGAAGAAGUCACUACUGCACCAAAUAUCUACAAUAAAUUUAUCCAAUUGAAAAUUCAACAGAUUAAUAGUAAACAAAGCACUAUCAAUAGUUUUGAUGACAUUGAUCCAAUAAUUCAUACACUUUUCAGGUUCUUGAAAAAAUGUCAAAUCAAUUUUAAACACUUUAGCCGCCAUUUGGUGAAAAAUUAUAAAGAACUUUAUGAAAAUUUCAAUAAAUCUAUAGGCGACAAAAUCUUGUUGGAAUCAGAUGAUAGUUUAGAGGAAAGUUUGGAAAAAAGUAAUAAGUCGACUUCUGAAACCUCUCAUAAAAGUAAUGAUGAAGAACAAGAACAAAAUACGAAUCCGUUACUGGAGAAUCAACAAACCGGUGCUACUUUUAGUGAUGGUGAUAAAAGUAAGAUCAUGUCACUAACUCCAAUAGUUGCAAUUGAAAAAUUUGAUGACUAUCCAUUGAAUCUACCUAAUUAUGAUGGCUUGGUACGUGAACUUAAUGUAUCUAUCGAAAAGUGUGAUGAUAAAUUUCCAGAAUUAUUUCAAUCACCAGAAAAAUGCCAAGUAUAUGCUGAUGAAAACCGUGACAAUGAUGAAGACAAUGCUAAAACAGAUGAAACUAAUACAGGAAAGCUAGAAAAAGAUGCUUUGGAUACAGAAAUUUCUAGACUUACUAAUUUAAAUAAUUUAAAACGAAGCCAUGAUUCAGAUUCAAAUAAUGACCAAGUUAAAAAAUUAAAGACUUGUGAGAAAAGUCAGGAAUCUGUACACGAUGAAGGACAUAGCACUAUGGAUGAAUCCGAUCAAUCAAAUCAUAGUAUAGAAGUUGAGGAAAAGUCUGCAUUUUCAGAAGAGCAUAUAAACGAUCUGGCUGUAGAUGAAAUUUUAAAUUUAACAGAUUCCAACAGCGGAGAUGAGCCAGUUACUUCAACUUCAACAAUCGGACAAAAAAAGGUCAACAAAGCAGGGGAUUUUAUGAUCGAUGAAGAAAAAUUGAAAGCAGAUAUGAAGAAUGAAUCAACAACAGAAGAAGAAACGAAAGAAGGUAAUGUGUUUGAGCAUGAUAAGAAAAUAUGCAGAAGAAAAUUUGUACCAAAUUUGCACAUGGAGUUAAGUACAUCGAGCAAUUUGGAAGAUAGUUCUGAAUGUGAGCUUAUAAAUAGUUCUCAAAAAAUUUAUGUUUCUGUCUCAAGUUCUGAUAAUGAAGAUGUUGCAGACAAAGGCAGAAAAAACAUUAGAGAGAUAAUUGAUUCGAAAUAUUUAGAAAUGGAUACGCAAAGAGCCAACAAAGAGGAAAGAAAACGCUUAGAAAGAAUUACUUUGAAAGACCAAACUCGCGGUUUGAAUACAAAUAAUACCGAACAAUUUAUUCUGGAUCGCCAUCCUGAAACAAAAGAAGUUAUUGUAGCUGUUCAUCCCUUAUUGAAUAAGCAUUUGAAGAACCAUCAACGUGAUGGUAUAAAAUUUAUGUGGGAUAGUUGUUAUGAAACAGUAGAUUUAAUAAAAGAUAAAAAAAACUUUGGUAAUGGGUGCAUAUUAGCGCAUUGCAUGGGUUUAGGGAAAAGUUUGCAAGUUAUUGCAUUUGCUCAUACAUUAAUGCGCCAUAAAUCCUGUCAAACUAGAACCGUAUUAAUCAUUUGUCCUAAAUCUGUUACACUUAAUUGGAAAGAUGAAAUACAAAAAUGGUUAUCUCCAUUUCCUGAUAAAGAAAAAAAAACUUUUGAUCUUACUAAUAUAAGCAGUCCAAAUAUGCGCUGUUUGAAACUAAGUAAAUGGCAAUCAGAAGGUGGUUUUAUGAUAAUAAACUAUGAUAUGUACAGAAAUAUGAUGAAUUUAAUAAGUGAUCCAAGCCUCAAGAUACUUACAAAAUCGUAUAAGUGUUUUAAGGAAUCACUUCGAAACCCUGGACCAGAUAUUGUAUUUCUGGACGAGGGUCAUGUUUUAAAGAAUGAAAAGACAAAACUUCGAAUUCAACUUGAAGAAAUAAGAACAAGGCGUAGAGUUAUUCUUACAGGAACCCCGAUGCAAAAUAACUUAAGAGAGUACUACUGGAUGGUGCAUUUUGUUAAACCGAAUCUUUUAGGAUCAUUCAAAGAGUUUACAAACAGAUUUGCUAAUCCUAUUCGAAAUGGUCAGCACAAAAAUUCAAAUUUCCAUGAUAUAAACUUAAUGAAAACGCGUUCUCAUGUAUUGCAUAAACUUUUGAAAGGUACUGUGCAACGCAAAGAAGUUGGAAUAUUGAAAAAAUAUUUACCCAAAAAAUUUGAAUAUGUUUUGUACUUGAAACCUAGCGAAAUACAGGAAAAACUCUAUAAUAAUUUCUUGAUUUCGUUUGGUCAGAAAGCAGAAAGGUCUUCGGUUCUUGAAGCGGCUAAAUUUUUUGCUGAUUUCCAGGCAUUGAAGCGCAUUUGGACGCAUCCAUAUGCUCUAGUUGAUUUCUUGGAGAAAACCAUUUUAUUAGAACAGAAGCAAAAGUUUGAAAUGCUAAUGGAUGUGGAUGAAAUUAUUGAUGAUGAUGACAGCGAAAAAAUUCAUAAAGUGAUGAAAAAAAUGAAAAAACCACUAAUCCCAGCCGAUUGGUGGAAAAAGUUCUACACACUGGAUGUCUUAAACUCUAUUUCAGCCAGUAGCAAGUUGUUAAUUGUGUUUAAUAUAAUUGAAGCAUGUAAAGUAACUGGAGAGAAGGUUUUGAUAUUUAGUUCAUCUCUGAAUGUUCUAAACACUAUAGAACAUUUUCUAAAAAUUAUCUCAGAUGUGACUUCAGCAUCUGGAAACCAGUCUGAAGAACAUCCAGCAAUAGGAAAAUUCAGAGGGAUUUGGGAAACUGGAAAAGACUACUUUCGUUUUGAUGGCAAUCUGCCUCUAGAUGAUCGACUUAAAUAUUGCAAUGUGUUUAAUGAUCCUGAAAAUAAGAGGGCCAGAUUGUUUUUGGUAUCUACACGAGCAGGCGGCAUCGGAUUAAAUAUGAUAGGAGCUAAUAGAGUAAUAAUAUUAGAUGUUUCCUGGAAUCCUGCAGUUGAUACGCAAAGUAUAUUUAGAACAUACAGACUGCAACAAACAAAAGUAUGUUUUGUGUAUCGUCUAAUUGCUGCAGGAUUUAUGGAACAAAAGAUUUAUGAGAGAUCUGUUACUAAGGAAGCCCUAUCGUGCCGAGUUGUAGAUGCUCAGCAAAUUGGACGUCAUUAUACAACUGCCGAUUUAGCUGAAUUAUACACUUCUUACAGUGAACUGCCAAGCAUAACCUCUUAUAAGAAGCCUGAGGACACUGUAUUGCAAAACAUUUUAGCCGGUCCGUCUUCUUCAUUCAUCCAUAAUUAUCAUGAACAUGAUUCAUUAUUAGCUAAUAUUGAGGAAGAAAGUUUGCCUCCAGAAGCAUGUGAAACGGCAUGGCGAGAGUUUCUUCAAGAAGAGAGAGAAAAUCCUUAUACAAAUGUGGGUUCACAUGUGACCAAAACAUGUGAUCCAAAUAUGAGGCCUGUGGAUAUUCGACAAAUGGGAUUUCCUGAAUAUGUAACCACAAUGUCCGAAACUCAGAUCAUUCCAAAACAUACUUAUGCAAAUGCUUAUUUACAACGUGAAACAAAUCCUGCAGUGGAGACAAUAUCAGAUGAGCGAAAUACAAAUCAUACCUUGAACUUCAGUCGAAUAAGUAGUAGUGAUGAUCCUGUAAUAGCCGAAGCCAACAAUGAUGAUGAUAUUUUACAAAUAUCAGAUGAUGACAGUCAAAAAACAAUAAAAUUUGGUGCCAGCAAUUUUAAUAUGGACCGGAAUGAACAAACAUACGCUAAUAUUGAUUUAACAUUUGAAGAUGAUGAUUGUUUCAUUGUUCCGGAAACAUAACAUUUAAAAAUAUAAUUUUAACUUUGACAAAGAGGAAUUUGGUUUGGAAUGACAUGUCCUACCAGCCAAGAAGCACCAUUCGGUUAUUGCUUUUGGGUGCAGUUGCCAAAUGCUAUAUUUGGAAAUU